AUGCCUCCGCCGGCCCAGCCCGAGCGGCCGGAGGCUGCCGCACAGGACGCGCCGACGCGGCCGUUCGCGUCGUUCAGAAUCCAGGCCUACGCACCGGAGGAAGGAGAACUUUGGCUAGUGCAGGUUGAAUGCGCGUUCGCGGUCGCCGGCAUCAGCGACGACGGCGACAAGUUCCGGCUCCUAGUGGCUAACCUGCCGGUGCACAUGGCAUCACAGGUCCGAGACGUGGUCACGGCCGAGACCGGCUCUUUCACCGACCUCAAGAGGGCCCUGAGCACGCGCCUGGCCCAGUCGCGCGCCUCACGCCCCGAGGCACUCCUCCGUGACCAUCAGCUGGGCGACAGAAAGCCCACGCAGCUGUUGCACAGCAUGCAGCACAUGCUGGGCAGCGCGGGCCACGAUCUCGGCCUUCUCAGAGGCAGGACGCUGUUCUUUCAGCGCCUGCCGCCGACGAUCCGCUCCGCCCUCGCGCUGAUGCCGGAAGACACUGGCAAUGAAGACCUGGCUAGCGCGGCGGACCGGUUCCAGGAAGCCUCUGGUGGAGCCGCUGUCACCGCCGUCUGCACGCCGACGGCCGGCGUCGCUGCCGCCUGUGGCCCGCCGGCCGGCCCUAGGGUCAUGCUCGCCCCGCCGGCCAGCGCGGUGGCCGCCACCGGACCGCCCGCCGCCUGCGGGUGCGGUAACUCCGGCAUGGCCGCUGCCGUCACCGCCCUCACCGCUGCGGUAGCACGCAUCGAAGCCGUCUUCCAGCGGGGCGGCGCCGGCGCUCCUCCGCGUGGCCGCUCCCGGUCCCGUCCGCGCCGACCCGCACCUGCGUCGUCUGGCGGUUCUCAACCGGCGUCGGUGUCAUCGGCUGAGGGGUACUGCUGGUACCACCAGAAGUACGGCGCGGAGGCCCACCACUGCAGACCGCCGUGCUCCUGGGCGGAAAACUAG